AUGCUGUUUUCCUGGCGAAGAAACGUGAGAACACAGCGCCUGCUGCUCUGGCUUCUGCUGCUCUUUGCAGCCUGGCGGGCAGGGAGCGGCCAGCUGCGCUACUCGGUCCCCGAGGAGGCCAAACACGGCACGUUCGUGGGCCGCAUCGCGCAGGACCUGGGGCUGCAGCUGGCCGAGCUGGUGCCGCGCCUGUUCCGGGUGGCGUCCAGGGGCGGCGCGGACCUGCUGGAGGUGAAUCUGCAGAAUGGCAUCUUGUUCGUGAAUUCUCGGAUGGACCGUGAGGAGCUGUGCGGGCGCAGCGCGGAGUGCAGCGUGCACCUGGAGGUGCUGGUGGAGCGUCCUCUGCAGGUGUUCCACGUGGAGGUGGAGGUGAGGGACAUCAAUGACAAUGCGCCCGUAUUCCCUGAAAGUAAGAAAAAAAUCACCAUCGACGAAUCCAUACCACCGGAAACCCGGUUUCCACUAGAUGGCGCAUCUGAUGCAGAUAUUGGAGUAAAUUCUGCCUUAACCUACCGACUAGACCCCAGCGAUUAUUUCUCUUUGGACCCGCAAAGCAAUCGUGAGCAAACGUCUUCCCUGUCACUCGUGUUGAGGAAAACCUUGGACAGAGAGGAAAUCCGGGAACAUAGUUUAUUACUGACAGCCAGCGAUGGAGGAAAGCCCGAGCUGACAGGUACCGUUCAACUGCUGAUCACGAUUCUGGAUGUGAAUGACAACGCACCAGCAUUUGACCAAUCUGUGUACGAAGUGAGAGUGUUAGAGAAUGCCCCUAACGGAACACUGGUGAUCAGACUCAAUGCGACAGAUCCUGAUGAUGGUACAAACGGAGCUGUCGAGUACGCAUUCAGAAAGCCUCUGUCUCCAGCUGUGGCCAAUGCAUUUACCAUACAUCCCAGCAGGGGUGAAGUAAGGACAACAGGGAAACUGGAUUUUGAACAAAAUCAAUUGUAUGAAAUUUACGUGGAAGCAAUCGACAAAGGUCAUAUUCCAAGGACGGGUCAUUGUACCCUUUUGGUGGCUAUCCUAGAUAUAAAUGAUAAUGCACCGGAAAUUAUAAUUACAUCUCUGUCACUGCCCAUCAGAGAGGACGCCCCACUGGGCACAGUCAUCGCCCUCAUCAGCGUGUCCGACCGCGACUCCGGCCCAAACGGACAGGUCACCUGCUCCCUCGAGCCCCACGUGCCCUUCAAGCUGGUGUCCACCUACAAGAACCACUACUCGCUGGUGCUGGACAGCGGCCUGGACCGCGAGAGCGUGUCUGGCUACGACGUGGUGGUGAGAGCGCGCGACGCGGGCUCGCCCCCGCGCUGGGCCAGCGCCAGCGUGCGGGUGGAGGUGGCCGACGUGAACGACAACGCGCCACAGUUCGCGCAGGCCGAGUACACGGUGUUCGUGAAGGAGAACAACGCGCCGGGCUGCCACAUCUUCACGGUGACGGCGCACGACGCGGACGCGCAGGAGAACGCGCGCGUGUCGUACUCGCUGGUGGAGCGUCGCGUGGGCGGGCGCGCGCUGUCGAGCUACGUGUCUGUGCACGGCGAGAGCGGCCGCGUGUACGCGCUGCAGCCGCUGGACCACGAGGAGCUGGAGGUGCUGCGCGUGGAGGUGAGCGCGCGCGACGCGGGCGCGCCGCCGCUGGGCAGCAACGUGACGCUGCAGGUGUUCGUGCUGGACGAGAACGACAACGCGCCCUGGCUGCUGGCGCGCGGCUCGGGCGGGCCUGCGGGGGCGGCGGUGGCUGCGAGCGAGCUGGUGCCGCGGUCGGCGGGCGCGGGCCACGUGGUGACCAAGGUGCGCGCGGUGGACUUGGACGCGGGCUACAACGCGUGGCUGUGGUUCGAGCUGCAGGCGGCGCCUGCGGGCGGCGCGCGCUGCCCGUUCCGCGUGGGCCUGUACACGGGCGAGAUCAGCACGACGCGCGCCCUGGACGAGCUGGACGCUCCGCGGCAGCGGCUGGUGGUGCUGGUGCGGGACCACGGCGAGCCGGCGCUCACGGCCACGGCCACGGUGCUGGUGUCGCUGGUGGACGGCGGUCAGGCGUCGGCCGCCUCGGCCUCGGCCUCGGCGGGCGCGCUGGGUGGUGCGUCGUCGCUGGUGGACGUGAACGUGUACCUGGUGGUGGCGAUCUGCGCGGUGUCGAGCCUGCUGGUGCUGACGCUGUUGGUGUGGGCGGCGGCGCGGUGGUCGUCGGGUGCGGCGUCGGAGGGCGCGUGCGUGUCGGGUCCGGCGGCGGCUGCGGCGGCGGCGCUGGUGUGCUCGAGCGCGGUGGGGAGCUGGUCGUGCUCGCAGCGGAGGCGGCAGCGGGUGUGCUCUGGGGAGGGCCCGCCCAAGGCCGACCUCAUGGCCUUCAGCCCCAGCCUUGCUCCUUAUCUGGACUCUGCAGGUGAAAAUGAAAAAGGAGAAGAGGAUUCAGAAGUUUUGAAAGAGGUAACCUUGUACUUAAAAUCGAUGUGCGCUUUCUUCCUUCCAGAAUUGGUGAAAAGUGAUUGCCACAAAAUAGAAGGAGUAGCCAUGAAUGACCCACCCGGUAGCCGCUGCCGGAGCUGCGGGGCGACACCCGAGCCUGCGAGACUGGAGACGGCGCUUCCCCAGCCGGGGAAGCCUCGACUUGGAACCCCUAGGCGGCGCUGCGCCCCUCCGCACCGCUUUGGUUUCCCAGACGGCUGCCGAGCUCCGACCAACCUAGCGGACCUCCCAGCCCGCUCGCCCCCGCGUCAUUCCAGUAUUCGAAACAGCGGCGGAGGCGGCCGACUGAGCUUUCUCUUCCCUGCGGCUGGGACGUCCCGGGCGCCGCGGAGCAUGGGGUCGGGUCACCGCUAG